AUAAUUGUCUCAAGAUUUCAAAGUUAUGACGAUUCUCUCAUUUUUCUCGUUUCUGCUACUUCUUCAAACUCUAACUUCAUCUCAAUUUGUGUCAAAUCCUUGUCCAAAUUACUUCAAAUACGAAAGAGAUGCUGACGGAGUUUUUGGCUUGAUUGAAGUUCCGCCCAUUCAGCUAGGACAAAGUUUGAAGCUUAACGUUGAGUUGUCAGUGGGAGCUCGAAUAUUGAAUAACUACUACGGCUCCUUGGAAUUAGUCGGUUCAAAAGAAGGUGCUUUAAAAAAAGUCUUGCAAGGACAGAAUAUUCAGUAUCGAGUUAGUUUUCCAGUUCAAGAGCCACUAGCAAAACUCAUAAAAAUCGUUUAUAACGGACAAGAAAUUUGUUCAGGACCUUCGGAUCAACCGAGUUUUCAACAAGCAGUAACCACAGUGAAACUUGAGCACACUUUUGUCACUUUUUCACAACAAAAUGGACAAGUAGUUCCAACAAAUGCGUUGCAUGGAAGGAAUUUACAAACUUUUAUCCAAGGACCGGAUUCGCAGUUGAUUCCUGUUCCAAUGAAUCACGACACGAUAAAUAAUGUGCCGAAUAUUCAGUGGAUUGAUAACAAUGGAGAUCAAACUAUUCGACCUUUUACUAAGACGAAUACGACUCCAAAACCUGUAACUUUGCCAUCGCGAGUACAAAUUCCGGAUAGACCGGUAGUAAAUAACAAUGAUGAUUGUGGAAUUGCAACUCUUGCGGGAAAUCCCCUCAUUUAUAACGGCUCGCCUACAACACGCGGGGAGUUUCCUUGGCUCGUGGUAAUCUACGUGAAGAAAACUCGUGGUCUCGAAUUCCAAUGUGGCGGCACCCUCAUUUCCGACCAAGUCAUUCUCACGGCAGCGCAUUGCAUUCAUCUCACCAGCGACGACAUCCUGUCCAAAAAUGAGAUCGUUUUGCAUGUCGGUCGUUUCGAUAUCGACGACUGGACCGAAGGCGAAUACAUUUUACCAAAAGUCAAGAAUAUUUUUGUGCAUCCCGACUACAAACGAUACAGCCAAACGAGUUUCGAUGCCGAUAUUGCGGUGAUAGUUCUGCGACAAUCGAUCACUUUCACGCAAUUUAUUCGUCCUGUUUGCUUGUGGCACGGAAAAAGUCCAACAGCUUCGCAAAGUGGCAUCGUUGUUGGAUGGGGACGUGAUGAAACUGGCGUUCCUACGAGUAAACCGAAUCAAAUUGAGAUGCCAGUUGUCUCGAAUGCGACAUGCUUGGAGUCGGAGCCGACAUAUCAGUAUCUCACGUCGAACAGGACAUUUUGUGCGGGUCGGAGAGAUGGGUCUGGACCAUGCAAUGGCGACUCUGGAGGAGGAUUUUUGAUGAAAAAUAAUGGAAAAUGGUAUUUAAGAGGCAUUGUGAGCACCAGUUUGUACGAUAAAGAGACCAAAUCGUGUGAUGUGAGGAAUUUCAGUGUUUUUACAGAUGUCGCGAAAUUUCUUCAGUGGAUUCAUUUGUAUUUGUAAUCGGUAGUUUGUAAGAAAUACUCACUUUAUCGUUGUGUAAGAAGUAUAAAAUUGA